AUGCUGCGCAAACUUGCACAACAGGACGAGGAGCUCUACUCCAAGGUACUGGGGAGGCCCUGCUCCAUGAGAGAUCUGGGCCGGCAGCCCGAAGUGCCCCUGGACAUCCUGGAUGCCACUGCUGGCAUAAUCUUGGAUUCAGCACCUUCUCGCUUGACACCUGACAUUGCUGCCAGGGGGUUCACAGCAGCUAUCCUUGGAGAGCCCGCACAGGGCAUUGAGUUGAGGCGCCCAGUUCUCACACAGGCCUCAAAGGUGGCCCUCCUGCCGGUGUUGGGCCUGCCAGUGAUUUCCGCGCGCAUUAGAGAGGUCUGGAACGCAUGGGACAAUGUGGCUCCAGUGCGGCCUCAGCUGUAUCUAUAUUCUCCAGUCGAUGCACUGAUCCCUCCUGAAGAGGUUGCCAGAUUCAUGGAGCAACAGGCUGCAAGGGGAGUCACAGUGCACUCCAGAAUGUUCCCCGACUCGCCGCACUGUGAGCACUACAGGGUCUACCCUGAUGAGUACAGGGAAGAAGUAACAAAAUUCAUGGACGCUCUUUAA